AUGGGGAGACGUCCAUAUUUGAACUCACUUGCUUUGGGCCGGUCCCCUUACGAGGCACCAGAGCUCAUUGUAAAUGGGUCGGCUAUACCACAACCAAACCGACACCUAGCGAACUCGAAUGCUGAUGGAUAUGUCCAAGAAUAUGACGCUCGUGGCCAUCCUAUCAAUCGCCGCUCGAAGGCUGAGGCUAGGCAGCUUAGAAAGGCAAAGAAUGAUGUUCUAUCUACCAUGGGUAUCGUUGUCAGCGGUGAAGAAUUAAACACGGCUAGUAUGAGAGAACAAGAAAAGAUUGCUUUACUUGCGGAGGAAAAUGACUUUGGAUUGGCCCUGGCGGCUAUCGAUCAGCUUAGCAUGUUUGGAGCCUCUUGGUGGACGAAAUCUUUGGCCUGUCGAAUUCAGACCUUCAAAAGUUACAAUAUUAGCUCUUUAACAGGUAUAGUAUCCGAAGAACGUCAACGAAUUGGCUUUGCGGGCUUUUAUUUCGCAGGGCUUCCCGUUUGGACCGUAUCUUUUUUACUAUCUGUUUGCCGAUCACACUUCUUGGAGUCGGCUUUGGACUCUCUUCAUUCAACCCUUUCCUCCCUUAUUGAUGCAAAGUGGUAUAAAAAGUUUAUCCAUGGCCUAAUAACCGUAUUAUCCUUUGGGUACAUGGUCUCUGUGCCCCAUUCUUAA